AUGAUUAGCCCAACAUUCUUCUUUGCUCUUGGAUUGGGCGCCCACCUCGUUGCUGCGAAUACUCCCAUCGAUAACUCGGUCUUCACCAGUGAUCCUCUAACUGCCGUGAAAGCCGCUGCACCGUUAUGGCACCUCGACCUCAAAACCUGCUUUCCAAGCGCAGCAGUUCAGUCUAACGGCAGUCAAACCCCGAGCGUCGACAACGAUGAUUGUAUGGUCUUAGGCUCGUUGAAUGCCGGUUGUCCAGUCCAGGCGCCGCAGACCGAGCAGGAACAACCCUCUACUUCAUUUCCCACCUAUUAUACCAUAAGACAGUGCUCCAAUGAUUCUUCAUGGAGAGUGGUUUAUGAUGUGUUCUUCCAGAAGGUGGGACUUCAUCUGAAAUUAAGAGAUACUGGACACCCGUAUGACUGGGAAUGGGCGGCUGUAAAGUUCGUCCAGAACUCAGAUGGCCAAUACAUCAGGGACGGCAUCUGGUUGGAGCAAGAUGGGAACCAUCCUUACACCGCAUGGUCCAGUAUCAUGCACACCUUCGACGGUGACGACGACAUAUCCCAAUACAACAACCAGAAUCGUGACCAUCCCAAAACCUUCUUUGGAAAAUGGAAACACAGCGUGGCGUUGGUUUUCAACGAUGAUUAUGCAAACGAUUGUCUAGGCGCCGUCAUCAAUAAGGCAGACUAUCAUAGUGAUGACUAUGCGUUUUAUGCUGCGGAUAACUUGCUUGUUGAUUCCACUGUGCCUUCAAACUACGCUUAUGGGAAUGCUGAUUCCACGCCUCUGUCUUUUGAGGAUGGUGGGGCUUAUGAUAUUUGUGGAGCAAAAUUCGCAUAG